AGCGAUAAGAAGGGGGUGGGGGGGUUGUAUAGGCGCUGAAAAGGCGGAUAGACUUUGUGAGAUGUCCCAAACAGGAAAAGACGGACAGAAAAGAGUGGGGAAAUUUGAAGGGGGUGAUCAGAGGAGGGGAGAGCGACUGCUGGAGAAAGAAAACAGAGAGCUCAUUCAGGGAACCAAAGAGUUGGCUGGACAACAGAAGGCAGGGAUAAAAACUGUAAGAGAAGGAGAGUGGACAAAAAGAGAAGCGAUGGGGCAUUUAUGUCAGGUGGUGGGUUUCCCUCUUCUCAUGCUGGUGUGGCUUGAGCUAGACCUCUUCAGUACAGUGUCAGGUGCAUCAGAUCAGAAUUUUUGCUCCAAUACAACGGUGUUGAGAACGAGGACACCAUGCCACUCUUGCAACAUCACUCCCCUGAUUCCCUGUCCUUUUGGCUUCAGGAAAAGCCCCGGGACAACAGAACAAGACUGCGAGUACAAUAUAAAAACUGCUUCCUUGAAUCUUGCCUUCAACGGCUGCUCUUUUGAGUGCUACAAGAAUGUGGAGGAUAAACAGUGCUGUCCUGGAUACUGGGGUCUAGACUGUAUUGAGUGUCCAGAGUACGCAAGCAGCCCUUGUAACAAUAACGGAGUCUGCUCUGAUGGAAUGGACGGCAAUGGAACCUGCAGCUGCAAGGAGCGCUUUGUGGGGACAGCAUGUGAGGACUGUGCUGCAAACAGAUAUGGCCCUACGUGUGGUUCAGUCUGCACGUGCGUCCAUGGCUUGUGUAGCUCCGGUUUGCUGGGUGACGGGAUGUGCACCUGCUUCUCUGCGUACACAGGCCCCAACUGUGACCAAGAACUGUCUCAGUGUGCCGCCCUCAAGUGCCCAGCGAACUCGCGCUGUAUGGAGGAUGCCCACACAGGGUUGCUGACAUGCAAAUGUAUGCCUGGGUACCAGACUUCAGGCAAAGAGUGUAUAUCCAUAAACCCGUGCCUGCAGCAGGUUUGCCACAUCCAUGCCACCUGUGUCCACUCUGGCCCAAACCAGCACGUCUGUGCCUGUGCCGAGGGCUACAGCGGGGACGGCUAUGUGUGUAUGCCCAUUGACCCGUGUCAGACCAACCAAGGUGGCUGCUCCACCCGCUCCACCCGCUGUGUGUAUGACAGCCCCGGGAAGUCUCACUGUGAGUGUCUGCCUGGCUUUGAACACCUGGAGGGAGGAUUGAGCUGCAGCCUGCGAGACGUCUGUAAGCUGGACUCCUGUCACAAGGACGCCAACUGCACCACAGUGGAGCCAGGGACAGUCGAGUGCACCUGUCGUCAGGGUUUUCUUGGUAAUGGUAAGGUCUGCUUUGGCAACAUCAUGCUGCGCCUGCAAGACCUGAACACGGAGCCUGGUGGGAAGUGGGCUGGUCAGCUCACCAACGCCAUCACGCUCUUCGCCACCCUGUCCUGGCCCCUGCAAAAUGCUGGCCCCUUCACCGUUUUCGUCCCAACCAACAAGGGCUGCCCCCGGUCCUUGGUGAAGAUGCUCAUGGCCGACUCCUCCACAGCUAAAUUCAUCAGUAAGCUGCACGUGGUUGCGGGGGAGGUGUCCUUCAACACUCUGAAGAAAGGGGGCACUUUUUACACCCUGAAUGGCAUCGCCGGAGAAACCGAAACUACAGAGGACAGCAAGACAAAAAUCCGCAUCUACGGGACCUCCACGAAGAGCACCAUCAUGGAGUCCGAUGUGUUUGCAUCCAAUGGAAUGAUCCACGUCAUCAAUAAGCUGAUGAAUAAUAACCUGUCACCCCCCGUGGCCAGUGACUUGCAGAUCAACCUGCUGAGGAUUCUUAACCUCUAUGGAAAGUUUACAACAUUCGCAACCUUAUUAGAGAAAGUCAACCUAGCAUCUGUACUGGAUAUGCCAGGACCAUACACUGUCUUUGCCCCAACCGACAUUGCCUUUGAUUCUAUGAAGGAGGGAUAUCUGCAGUACCUCAAUUCUCCUGAAGGCUCCAGCAAAUUGGUGGAACUUUUACGGAACCACAUAGUAACCCCUGCCACGCUGGAUGUCUACAAUGUUGUCUCAAACCCGAGGGUGGUAACCAUGGCCAAUCAGGUUCUGUUAUUUAAUGUAACAAAACAGGGUCAGAUUCUUGUCAAUGGAAAGGCUGUGUUGGUGGCAGAUGUGGAGGCCAAGAAUGGGCGCCUCUAUUCACUGGAUGGAGUCCUGAUCCCAUCCUCCAUUGAGCCAGUGCUUCCUCAUAGGUGUGACAUCACAGAGACAAAAUUAGUGGAGGGUGAAUGUAUCAGCUGCUCCAGAGUCCAUAAUCCCAAAUGCCCCUCUGGAUUUCCCACAGGGCCCUCCAUUUAUGGCUGUAUCUUCAACUUGAAGAUCACUAGCUCACCUUUGACUCUUCCAGUUAAAGGCUGCUCAACCUUCUGCAAUACAACAGUCACGACACUGCAGUGCUGUAAGGGCUUCUAUGGUCCAGAAUGCAGUCCUUGUCCUGGAGGCUUCCAGACCCCCUGCUCUGGUCAUGGCCAGUGUAUGGAAGGAAUCAGCGGAAAUGGAACGUGUGUCUGUGAGGCAAACUUCCAAGGCUCCAGGUGCCAGUACUGCGCUGACCCCAACAAAUACGGACCUAACUGUGACAAAACCUGCGAGUGCAUCCACGGCCAGUGUGACAACCGUCCGGGUGGAGUUGGACGAUGCAAGUCGGACACCUGCAGGAUAGGCUACAUCGGACCAUACUGUGAGCGUCAGACCAAGGCCUGUGGGUACCAGGUCCAGUUCUGUCAUGCCCAUGCAGAGUGUGUGAUCUCCAGCGUGGGGCAAAAAAAGUGUGCAUGUAAACCUGGUUACCAGGGUGAUGGGAUCACCUGUGUAGAAAAGGACCCAUGUGCUCCGCCACAUCGAGGUGGCUGCAGCAUAAAUGCCAAGUGUAUAAAGGCGGGACCAAGUACACACACAUGUCAGUGUCUAACAGGGUGGAAGGAGGAUGGGGAUGACUGCCAGCCCAUCAACAAAUGUGACAGCCCUGACAAGGGGGGCUGCCAUCCUAACGCUACCUGCAUAUAUGUGGGGCCCGGGCAGAGCGACUGUAUGUGUAAGGCUGGUUACCAAGGCAACGGUAGACAAUGUGAGGCAGCCAAUCGCUGUGUGAACCAAAAUGGAGGCUGUCAUAACUUGGCCAGUUGUCACUUGGUGGUGGGUCAGUGGAAGUGUGUAUGUAUGGAGGGGUACGAGGGGAAUGGGGAGGUGUGCUACGGCAACGUUGAACAGGAGUUGAUGGGUUUGCCAGAAGCCACAGGGUUCAUCAAAUGGGUAACGAAUUCAGGUCUGUCCCAGUCCCUGUCAAGGCAGAACAUCACCCUCCUGGUACCAACCUCAGCAGCCAUAAAUGCCAUGUCUAAGGAUGACAGAGACUUCUGGACCACCACAGGCAACCUUCCUAGUAUUGUCAGAAAUCACAUGAUCCCCGGCAACUAUCCGUUGUCUACCCUGAGCAACAGCUCCUUCUCUGGACAGCUCACUUCUCUCCUCAAGACAAUACUACCUGUUUCAGCCACCAAUGAGACCACAGCAAUUGGGGGAGCGACCUUCACUACAGCAAACAUAGCUGCAAUCAAUGGAUUGAUCCAUGUUAUCAAUAAGGUUCUGAUUCCAGAUAGGAAACAGAGUGAAGGGCUCCUGGAGCUGCUCGCUCUGAGACCCGAGUUUUCUUUGUUCAGAACCUGCCUCAUCGAACAUAACCUGACAGAGGAGAUUGAGGCUGAUGAAUACACAGUUUUUGCACCAACAGACAGUGCUGUCAAUGAUUAUCUCAAAAAGAUGGCUGCAGUUACUAUGGACAUAAAUACAACACGCUACCACAUUGUACCGUCAGAACGGCUGUUAAAGACUGACCUCCAAGCUGGAGGCUAUAAGAAGACCUUGCUUGGUUUCUCCUACCAGCUGGGUUUCUUUCCCAGGGAUGGAAAGUUGUUUAUUAAUGAAGCUCAGCUAAAUGUGUCCAACAUCAUGACUGGAAAAGGAGUUAUCCACAGCCUAUCAUCAGUUUUGGAGAUUAAGAGAAAUCGCUGUGACACUGCACAGUACCAGACUGUUAUGGGUACCUGUCAGAAUUGCUUCUUACCUCAAAGAAAGGUCUGCCCCAGUGGAACAAUUUCCAAGAAAUCAGUACAAAGAAGGAGAUGCAUGUUCACUCAGGUCUACGAAGGGGAGCAGCUGCAUACCAUUGGCUGCAGGAGCACCUGUGCAAAAAUGACCAUUGUGCGCAAGUGCUGCAGUGGCUUCUUUGGGGAGCACUGUGAACAAUGCCCUGGGUUGAAGGGCCAGCCUUGCUUCAGCAACGGGAUUUGUAUUGACGGGACCAGUGGAACAGGCGUCUGCCAGUGUAACCAAGGUUUCACUGGGACGGCGUGCGAAACAUGCCAGGCUGGAAAAUACAGUAUCCACUGCGAUCAAGAGUGUGCAUGUAAGAAUGGCCAGUGUCAAGACGGACUGAAAGGAGAUGGGACUUGCGAGUGUGCCCUAGGAUGGAAAGGAGUUCUCUGCGAUGAAAAGAUCGAAUCCAAAGCUGAUGAGCUCUGCGGCUCGACGAAAUGCCACACCAGCGCAAAUUGUGUCAUCAAACCAUCUGGAACACAGUGUAUCUGCGCCUCGGGAUUUGAGGGCAAUGGCACUUACUGCAAAGCUAAAGACCCGUGUGCAGUGGAUAAUGGAGGCUGCAGUCUCUAUGGUGUGUGUAAAAGGACCCAGCCAGGACGUCGGGAGUGUGUGUGCAGCUCGGGGUAUUCCGGUGAUGGCCUGGUGUGUGUAGAAAUCAACCCAUGUCUUGAAAGAAAUGGAGACUGUCAGGUCAACGCCGACUGUAUUCACACUGGACCCAACAAAACUGUCUGUGCUUGCAGUAAUGGCUACACAGAACAGGGACAGAACUGCAUCCUGUUCGAUCUCUGUCAAAAGAAAAAUGGGGGAUGUCACCGGUACGCCCGGUGUAACACCACCGGUCCCGGUGAGCGCUCCUGCAAAUGCUUUAAUGGAUACAAAGGAGACGGCAUCAACUGCAAAGGCCCUGUGGCGAAGGAACUCUUCUACAGGAAGUUAAAGGACUUUUACCUCGGCUUGAUGAUAACUGAGAUUUCGUUGCAAGGCCGCGGUCCAUUCACCGUCUUUGCUCCGACCACAGAAGCAUUUCUGAAAGAACAGAAUGGCAAGAACAGGAUCAAACCUUUGAUGGCGAGCAAGCACAAAGAAAUGUAUGCCAAUGUCCUUCGCAACCACAUAGUGAUGUGCCACACCCUCCUGGCCAGUGACCUGACCACCGCCAGAAACCUGACCACCGUGGCGGGGGAGGUCUUAACCACCAAGUUCUCUGAGGGCAGCCUCUUCAUCAACCAAGCUAAUGUGACCUACACUGAUGACGUCAGCACCAACGGAAUCAUCCAUGAGAUUGACACUAUACUGUUUCCAUCCACACUGGGGAAAGAAAUGGAAGCAAAUGUGCAGAUAAAUUUGACAGAUGUGGCAGCUUGGCACGGUUAUAAGACCUUCAUCAAACUGCUGGAGGACACAGGCGUGAUGGAUUUGUUGAAUGGCAAACUAUACCAUCCAUUCACCAUAUUCCUCCCUUCGGACCGGGCCCUGGCCUCCCUGCCCCAGGAGCAGAAGGAUUUCCUCUACAACCAGCAGAACCGAGCCCAGCUGCUGGAGUAUGUGAAAUACCACAUCCUUCACAGCCAGAAGGUAUACGCUACAGAGCUGGCCCACCUGGUUUCCGCCAGGACUCUCCAGGGCUCGCAGCUUUCGUUCGGCUGUGGAGGACUUGACAAAAUUGGGGAGAUCUUCAUCAACGGUGGAACUUGCCGCAUCAUCAAGAGACACCUCCUUUUCAAGGAGGGCAUCGCAUAUGGUAUUGACUGUCUGCUGACUCCGCCUAGUCUUGGGGGUCGCUGCGAUGAGCAGAAAAACUUUGAACUUCAGAUGAAUUGCGGGCCUUGCACUUCCUCCUCGACCCGCUGUCCUGGUGGGUCUAUAGUAAAGGAGGUGCAGCAGUGUGAUCUGCCCAUGGUGUUUGUCAGUAAGAACACGGGCUGUCGGACCAUGUGUACGGUCAACUUCUGGCAGUCAAAGUGCUGUGCUGGCUACUAUGGGCGAGACUGUCUAGCAUGUCCCGGUGGGAUGGGCAACGUUUGCAGUCUCCACGGACUUUGUGAUGACGGUCAUCUUGGUAACGGCACCUGCACAUGUGACACGGGUUUCCAGGGCAUGGCCUGCGAGAUGUGCAGCCAGGGACAUUAUGGACCAACCUGCAAGGCCUGUAACUGCACAGAGCAGGGCUCGUGUGAGGAGGGUCUGAAGGGGACCGGAUCCUGUUUUUGUGAGCAAGGCUGGACCGGGCAGCGCUGUGAGAUCCAACAAGAUGUCCCUGUGUGCUCCCCCGCCUGCUCUCCGAAGGGAGUGUGUAAGGAAAACAACACCUGCGUGUGUAGGCCUUUCUACGAGGGAGAUGGCUUCACAUGCACAGUGGCGGACUUGUGCAGCACGUGGAAUAGCGGCUGUGCUAAGGAUGCCAAGUGCAUUCAGAAGGGAGAAAAGGUGAGCUGUCUUUGCCCAAAAGGCCACACUGGAGACGGCUUCUCCUGCCAGCCCAUAGACCCCUGCGCUGAUGAGGGCAACGGGGGCUGCCAUGAGCACGCUACCUGCACCAUGACGGGACCGGGGAAAAAGAGGUGCGAUUGCAAGGACAAAUACAUCGGUGAUGGCGUGUCCUGCGAGGUAAAGGACCUGCCCAUUAAUCGCUGUCUUCAAGACAACCAGCUGUGUCAUCAAGAUGCCCAGUGCACAGACCUCCAUUUUGAGGAUGCCACGGUGGGCGUGUUCCAUUUCCGCUCGAACAAGGGUCAGUACAAGCUGAACUACACUGCUGCUCAGGAGGCCUGCGUCCAAGAAGGUGGCAGCCUGGCCUCGUACACACAGCUCUCAUACGCUCAGCAGGCGGGUUUGAACAUGUGUGCUGCCAGCUGGCUGGAUUCGGCCAGGGUGGCCUACCCCACCACCUUCUCCAACCCAAACUGUGGUUUUGGACAUGUGGGCAUCGUGGACUACGGCAUUCGCAAAAACCUUAGCGAGACAUGGGACGCCUUCUGCUUCAGAGUCAAGGAGGUGAAGUGUGAGUGUAAACAUGGCUACAUAGGUGAUGGCUACACGUGUACAGGAAACCUUCUUCAGGUCCUCAGCUCCAGACCCUUCUUCUCCAAUUUCCUCACUCAAAUCCUGAACUACUCGCUGGUCUCCGUGUCUGGGAAAGAGUUCGUCAAACGCUUGAGCAACCUGACCGUCCAGUCCACUCUGUUUGUGCCGGACAACAUAGGCCUGCCUGAGAACCAGACCCUGUCUCAGCGGGACAUCGAGUAUCAUCUCUCUGAGGGCCAGGCUCUGGCACUCAGAGAUCUAAAGAACGGCAGUCGGAUCAGAACCCGGCAGGGCAGCCUCACUGUCUUUGGCAUCGUAGACUUCCUGAACCCCACAACUCUGUCCUCCUGUUACAUCAAUGACCGCUUUGUGACAGACUCGGACGUUCAAGCGUCUAAUGGGAUCAUCCACGUGAUCCGGGGACCCCUCAUAGCCCCGCCUCCUCAGCAUGUGCUCCACGCGGGACACAAAGCAGGGAUGGGAAUUGGAGUUGUGGUACUGGUUAUGCUGGUGGCAGGAGUCAUCUUUGUAGGUUACCACUUUUACAGCCACCAAGCCAAGCCCUUCCAGUUCCACUAUUUCAAGGAGGAGGAGGAGGAGUCUUCAAAGCCAGAUUGCAACCCUAGCAUCUGUAAUCCCGUGUAUGAUGCAUCUGCCGACCCUGUAGAGCCCACCCCCUCUGACCACUCUACAGAGGACAAACAUGAGGUGGUGAAUGGUGGCUCUUAUGACUUGCUUCAGAACAGCUGAGACCAAAUCAAGACCUUCUCAAUGUGUUUACAUCAGAGAACCCCUGCUGCCUUUUUUUGUAAGAUGUACAGAGUGACUGGACAUUUUCUGGCAUAUUAGGGAAAGUUUCUCCUCUGAAGAGGAUAAUGCGAAGGUGAAGGAGAAAGGGAGCUUGUAUUCCCCCUCCCAGGAGGAGGAAUGAGCAGGAGACAAUGUCAUAUCAGCAAGGUAGAGUCUGAGCUACAAGAUCUGGACUUCAAAUUCAUCGCAAAAGGAAAAAAAACCAAAAUAGACUCUUAGUGCUCAUAGGACCGUGUUACCUAUUAUAUCUGAAUUCUCAUGUAUUGAGCAUCAUUCACUCCACUUUCUUACUCCCAGGUUUGUCGUUAAACCCCAAAUCAGGAUGAAAAUCCGUUCCUUGUCAUGUACUUUUCCACUGAUGUGAGCUGUAUCGAUAAGUAAAUGUUUUACUUUGUAUUUCAGUCUGGAGAAUGCCAAUGACAAUACAAACACAAUUGUUAAAAGCAUCUUCAAACUUAGGUUUAUUUGGAAAGGAAUCGUUUUUAAUCUACCUUUAUCAAAUAGUAAUUGUGUGGAUUUAUCUGCCAAUGUGUCAUUUAUGUUAAUUUGUGAAAUAAAUGCAGUUUAAAAUUGC